GGUGAGCGUGAGCCUGGGAGAUGGCAGUGAUGGAAAUGGCCUGCCCAGGCGCCCCCGGCUCCGCGGUCGGGCAGCAGAAGGAGUUCGCCAAAGCCAAGGAGAAGACACAGGCAACGGAGAUGAAGCAGAGCUCCGUCCACAAGCUCGAGGCCGUGGAGAAGAGCCCCAUGUUCUGCGGGAAGUGGGAGAUCCUGAACGACGUGAUUACCAAAGGCACAGCCAAGGAAGGCUCCGAGGGCGGGCCGGCCGCCAUCUCCAUCAUCGCCCAGGCCGAAUGUGAGAAUAGCCAAGAGUUCAGCCCCACCUUCUCCGAACGGAUCUUCAUCGCUGGCUCGAAACAGUACAGCCAGUCCGAGAGUCUUGAUCAAAUCCCCAACAAUGUGGCCCACUCGACCGAGGGCAAAAUGACCCGCGUGUGUUGGAAGGGGAAGCGUCGCAGCAAAGCCCGGAGGAAACGCAAGAAGAGCUCCAAGUCCCUGGCUCAGGCAGGAGUGGCCUUGGCCAGACCCCUCCCCAGAACCCCUGAGCAGGAGAGCUGCACGGUCCCGGUGCAGGAGGAUGAGUCUCCGCUAGGCACCCCGUAUGUUAGAAACACCCCCCAGUUCUCCAAGCCUCUGAAGGAGCCAGGCCUUGGCCAUCUCUGGUUUAAGAAACUCGGGGAGGGCCUGCGGCCAGCGCUGCCUCGACCGGAACUCCACAAACUGAUCAGCCCCCUGCAGUGCCUAAACCACGUGUGGAAACUCCACCACCCCCAGGACGUAGGCCCCCUGCCCCAGCCUGCUCACCCCUUCCCCUAUAGCAGACGGCCCCACCCCUUCCCGUUCCACCCUCUCCAGCCCUGGAAACCUCACCCCUUAGAGUCCUUCUUAGGCAAACUGGCAAACUGUGUAGACAGCCAGCAGCCCCUGCCCGGCCCUCCCCUGGGCAGACUGGCCUGUGUAGACGGCCAGAAGCCCCUGCCUGGCCCACAUGUGAAGCCCAGCUGCCCGUCUCAUGGCUCAAGUGACAAGCUGUCCGUGGAGGAGUACCUCGUGCACGCUCUGCAAGGCAGCGUGAGCUCCGGCCAGGCCCGCAGCCUGGCCAGCCUGGCCAAGACCUGGUUGGUGGGGGGCUCCAAGCCUCGGGAGCCCAGCCCUGAAACCGAGGACAGUGAGGGGGUCCUGCUUAUCGAGAAACUCAAGCCGGUGGAUUAUGAGUACCGAGAGGACAUCCAUUGGGCCACGCGCCAGCCCUGCCUGGGCAGAGGCUCCUUCGGAGAGGUCCACAGGAUGGAGGACAAGCAAACCGGCUUCCAGUGUGCCGUCAAAAAGGUGCGAGUUGAAGUGUUUCGGGCUGAGGAGUUGAUGGCAUGUGCGGGAUUGACCUCACCCAGAAUCGUCCCUUUGUAUGGAGCUGUGAAGGAAGGUCCUUGGGUCAACAUCUUCAUGGAGCUUCUAGAAGGUGGCUCGCUGGGCCAGCUCAUAAAGCAGAGGGGCUGUCUGCCAGAGGACCGGGCUCUUUAUUACCUGGGCCAGGCUCUGGAAGGACUGGAAUACCUCCAUACCCGAAGGAUUCUACAUGGAGAUGUGAAAGCCGACAAUGUGCUCCUGUCCAGCGAUGGGAGCCACGCAGCCCUCUGCGACUUUGGCCAUGCUGUGUGCCUUCAACCUGAUGGCCUGGGGAAGUCUUUGCUCACAGGGGACUACAUCCCCGGUACAGAGACCCACAUGGCGCCAGAGGUGGUGAUGGGCAAGCCCUGUGAUGCCAAGGUGGACAUCUGGAGCAGCUGUUGCAUGAUGCUGCACAUGCUCAAUGGCUGCCACCCUUGGACCCAGUACUUCCGAGGGCCGCUGUGCCUCAAGAUUGCCAGCGAGCCUCCGCCUGUGAGGGAGAUCCCGCCCUCCUGUGCCCCCCUCACAGCCCAGGCCAUCCAGGAAGGGCUCAGGAAAGAGCCUGUCCACCGAGCGUCUGCAGCAGAGCUGGGGGGGAAGGUCAGCCUGGCGCUGCAGCAUGUGGGAGGUCUGAGGAGCCCUUGGAAGGGAGAAUACAAAGAACCAAGACAUCCGCCGCUACUCCAAGCCCACCCACCGCCAAGCCAAGGGCACCCUCACCAGACCCUAUGUGCCCCACCAGUGGAGCUCUCGCCAGGGGAGCUCUCACCAGAGGCCCCGGGGCCCCAGCCAGCUGAGGACGCAGCAGGCGGGGCCUCUAAGCUCCAGCCUCCUCCACCCCCAGAGCCCCCAGAGCAGAACAAGUCUCCCAGCCUGCACUGGGGCAAAGAAGAGUCCGGGACGUGGGAACCACUGGCUCUGUCCUCCCUGGAUCCGGCCCCAGCCAAGAGCUCCAGCUCACCAGAGCGGAAGGCAACCUUCCCCGAGCAAGAGCUGCAACAGCUGGAAAUAGAAUUAUUUCUGAACAGCCUGUCGCAGCCAUUUUCUUUGGAGGAACAGGAGCAAAUCCUGUCAUGCCUCAGCGUCGACAGCCUCUCCCUGUCAGAUGACAGUGAGAAGAACCCGUCCAAGGCCUCUCAGAGCUCGCGGGACACCCUGAGUUCCGGCGUGCACUCGUGGAGCAGCCAGGCGGAGGCCCGCAGCUCCAGCUGGAACAUGGUGCUGGCCCGGGGGCGGCCCACCGACACACCGAGCUAUUUCAACGGUGUGAAAGUCCAAAUACAGUCUCUCAAUGGCGAACACCUGCACAUCCGGGAAUUCCACCGGGUCAAGGUGGGAGACAUCGCAACCGGCAUCAGCAGCCAGAUCCCAGCCUCAGCCUUCAGCCUGGUGACCAAGGAUGGGCAGCCCGUGCGCUACGACAUGGAGGUGCCAGACUCGGGCAUCGACCUGCAGUGCACCCUGGCCCCUGAUGGCAGCUUCGCCUGGAGCUGGAGGGUCAAGCACGGCCAGCUGGAGAACAGGCCCUAAGCAGCCUUCCACCACUGGCUCCACUCAGCCAGAAGCGACCUUCCUUCUCGGUGCUCAAUGCUGCCCCUGAGACAGGGGUCUCCCAGGGCUCUGCCAGCCUGUGGCUCAGCGGUGGGACCAGGGGCUGGCAGCAGUAAGGUGGGGCUAGCAGAACACCUCCCAGGAUCUCCCACCUGUGUCCUUCCUGAGCCCACAUGAGGAGGAGGAGGAGGAAGACAGGAGGCCUCUUCCCAUGGGGAACAAAGAGGGUCUUCUCUGCCUUGGUCCUGACAAGCUGGCCUGACCCAUUAGGAUCAGUGACCACUUGGUGGCAGUCAGGGGAGAGUGGCUUCCGGCCCAGGUCCCAGAGAGGUGGGCGAGCCCCUCCCUCAGGUUCCAGGCAGGUAUGAGCAUCUAAUGACCUACCCCCAGGCCCAGUACAGGACUGGGGCAGCAGGUGUGCCUACCCUUGGGUUAAUGGAGGGGGCCCUCUGACGCCCUUGGCCGGCCUUGCCUGGCCAUCAGCCCCCCUUCUAUCUCUAGGUGCUUUUCAGACCAGGUCAGGGAGGGAGGAAUGCCUGACACUGGGGGUCUCCCUGGGAGAAAACACCACACUUCUCAGGGAGCCACAACCCAGGCCCUGAGCUGAGCUCAGCUUCAGCCAAGGACCAGAGAAGGCGUUCAAGUGACAUGGUUCUCAGUCUCUAAGCACAUGCCCCUUUGCUGCUGGCCACCAGUUUUCCCCAGAGCAGCAGGCCCCGAGCCCCAACCGCAGGGCCAGCACCGCCCCUG